CUUCCAAACAUUCGCUUUUUUACCUUUUUUGAUUUCGUGAUUAAUGCGUUGAAAAUCGGUUUGAUUGGAUUUAUGGGGUCGCUUGUUUGCUUUGCUUUGUUAACAAUAUCAAUGUUGAGUCCGAAUGGUUAUUGAAAUUUGAGCUGAAAUUUGUUAGUUUUGGUUAGUUUUGUAGUUGUUGUUUUGUUUGAUGUGAUUGCUUGAUAUAUGUUUUGUUCUGUUCAGAAUGCCCAUAUUGAGCGUUUGCUCAAUAGAACAGCAACCUAACAUCUACGAUGUUGUCCAUGUGAAGUACCUUGACGAGGAGCCUCUAAAACUGGAUAUUGUUAUAAGCUUUCCAGAUCAUGGUUUUCAUCUUCAUUUUGAUCCUUGGUCACAGAGGCUACACCUGAUUGAAAUUUUUGAUAUCAAGCGGCUUCAAAUGCACUAUGCCACUUCUCUGAUUGGGGGACCUUCCACUCUAGCUACUUUUGUUGCUGUAUAUGCGACUUUUGGGCCAACAUAUCCUGGAAUUUAUGACAAAGUUAGAGGUGUUUACACACUAUUCUAUCCAGGAUUGUCCUUUGCUUUUCCAAUUCCAUCUCAGUAUACAAAUUGCUGUAGUGAUGGAGAAGUGGCAUUGCCUCUGGAGUUUCCUGAUGGCACCACGCCAGUCACAUGCCGUGUCUCUAUAUAUGAUAGCUCUGCAGGUAGAGUUGGCAUUGGUUCUUUAGUGGACAAGGCUUCUGCUCCUCCUUUGCCUGCUGGCAGCCUCUAUAUGGAGGAGGUUCAUGUUAAGCUCGGGGAAGAGUUAUAUUUUGCUGUUGGUGGCCAGCAUAUCCCAUUCGGCGCAUCGCUGCAGGAUGUGUGGACCGAGUUAGGUCGCCCCUGCGGAAUUCAUCAAAAGCAGGUAGAUCAAAUGGUGAUUCAUUCUGCUUCUGAUCCUCGGCCACGGACAACUCUUUGUGGUGAUUAUUUCUACAAUUAUUUCACUCGUGGCUUGGACAUAUUAUUUGAUGGGCAGGCUCAUAAGAUCAAGAAGUUUGUUUUGCAUACCAACUAUCCAGGGCAUGCAGAUUUUAAUUUAUACAUAAAGUGCAAUUUUGUUAUCUACAAUUCCGAUUUUGGUGGGUCUUUUCAUCAGGAAGUAAAUGCCUGCAUUAAACCUAGCACAAAAUGGGAACAAGUGAAGGAGAUUCUCGGGGACUGUGGCCGAGCUGCCAUCCAAACACAAGGUUCUAAAAGCAAUCCUUUUGGAUCUACUUUUGUAUAUGGCUAUCAGAAUGUUGCAUUCGAGGUUUUGAAGAAUGGUUAUAUUGCAACUGUAACUCUCUUCCAGUCAUGAGAAAAUUGUUCUAUGGGUGCAGGCUGGUUUUGUGCAGACAACAAUUGUAAAGCAGUCAAUAAUGCUUGUAAUGAAUAUCAUGGUGGUUUCCUCUAUAAUUGUAUAGUUAUUUAAGGAUUUGUACAGUUGAUUCAGCGAAACAUGCACGAUAACUUCUGUAACCAUGUAUUAUGAGAAGUUUGCAUGGUGCAUUGCUCCUUUCUCUACAAAAUUCAUGUAUUCUUUUUGCCAAGUUUUACUGGCUUCUUGCUGUCUUACAGUUCAGAAAAAAUUAUAUGGUUUGAUUUCUGAAAAAUUGAAAAUUUGAA